AUGGAUCCUAACUCUGGCUUGCUUCCUUCCCCAUCCCGGGUUCGCUCCCAGCCAGCAGAACCCAGCAUGGAAGGUAGGAGAAGCCCACUGCCCUGUGAGCAGGGCAGAGACUCCUCCUUUCCCUGGACCCAGGUCCCCAAUUCCAGCCUCACUGACCCUGACUGGUUUUGGGAUGAGCACAUCCAGGCGAAGAGGGCCAGAGUGGAGACCAUCGUCCGAGGCAUGGGCCUCUCCCCUCACCCUCUGGCGCCCAGCAGUGCCCGAGCCAGGGACAGCCCAAGCUGCCCAGAGAAGGCCCGGGAGCGGAAGAGGAAGCAGAGCCUUCCCGUGCAGCAAACCCCCCCCAAACCUGGCCCUGCCGGGAACCAGGGCAGCAGGACAGGCGGCCCUCGCUUGAGAGAACAGCUUCAUCUGCUGCAGCAACAGCUGAGACAACUGCAGGAGCACAUCCUGCAGGCUGGGGACUCAGCUGGGGGCCCGAGAGGGGCUGAGAAGCAGAGGGGCCCCCCAAGUGUAAAGCAGAGGAACGGCUAUGGCUGUGGGCCCUGGGCCAGGGACUGUGACUGCCACCAGGGCUCCAGGGGGGACCUCCCUGGGGUGGAAAGUCAAAGAGCAGUGGAGGUCGAAUUACAGCCUGAGGGGCCCAGGUCCCUUCCAUCUGGGAUAGGAGCUUUGCUGGAGAUUCUGAGAAAAGAGUUGACUGGCGCCGUGUCCCAGGCUGUGGACUCAGUCUUACAAAAGGUGCUACUGGAUCCACCCGGCCGCCUGGCUCAGCUGGGCAGAAGCGUCCUGGGGCUGGUGCCGGAGGGUAGAAGGGAGACUUUGCCCGAGGGAGGCACCCGUGAAGACCCACUUCUGCUGGCCGAGGCGCCCAGGCAGGCCCAGGGGCAGGCUGGGGGCCUGUCAGGACACUUACCACUGGCCAAGCCUCUAGACUCUCCUAGACACCCCGUCUCUCCAAGAAUGACCUCCAAACCCCACCAGGCCCCCCCAGCGACCUGCCCCCUGAUGGUGCCUUCCCACAUCCAGGAAAAUCAGAUUCUUAGCCAGCUACUGGGCCAGGGGUCCAGUGGUCACUGGAGCGGCCGUCUUCCCCAGGAUCUGUCUUCCCCGAGUCACUGCUCCAAGGAGCCUGCCCUGCGACCCUGGGGAGCUGUCCGACUGCGACCGUCGGUUGUGAGCCAGCAGCAGCCCCUGGUGCCCUUCACUCCCACCCGCUGGGAGACACUGCCCUUCCUGCCCUCUGUGAAGACAGAGCAGGGUGGCCUGCGGGCCGUCGCGGAUGUACUGCCUUUUCCCGCUGUCCACCUCCAGGAAGGUCUAAAUCCCGGCCACUUGAAGAAGGCCAAGCUAAUGUUUUUCUUCACACGCUACCCCAGCUCCAGCCUCCUGAAGGUUUACUUCCCUGACGUGCAGUUCAACCGCUGCAUCACCUCCCAGAUGAUCAAGUGGUUCAGCAACUUCCGUGAGUUCUAUUACAUCCAGAUGGAGAAGUCUGCCCGGCAAGCGAUUUCAGACGGCGUCGUUGAUCCCGAGGUGCUGGUGGUUCUCCGCGACUCGGAGCUUUUCCGAGCUCUCAAUAUGCACUACAACAAGGGAAGUGACUUUGAGGUCCCAGAUUGCUUCUUGGACGUCGCCAGCUUGACGUUGCAGGAGUUCUUCAGGGCUGUCUCCGCAGGGAAAGACUCGGACCCCUCCUGGAAGAAACCCAUUUAUAAAGUUAUUUCAAAACUGGACAGUGACCUCCCAGAGACAUUCAAAUCUUCCAGCUACCCCUAGGAGCUGCGCUGGAAUUAGGGUUCCCUCAGAGUGAGGCGCAACUGGCCCGGAGUU